UCCCAGCCAUCAAAGAUACCGAGUACUGCAACUUGGAGCUGACAAGGUGCACGAUCGCCUGUGUUUUACGCGGUGCUCACGAGAGCAUCUUUCGAAUCCAGAAGUUCACCUGAACCCUUACCGAAAGACAGUUCCACGGCCGACAUGGACAGCUGACUGCCUGGAAUUACCUAGUUGCGCUUCUCUUCGCAACGUGAACACAUACCAAGAUUCGUAAUGGCAAGCCCGCGCAGCAUGGAUCGCCGACCUUCGCGGACCGAUAUGUCAGACAUUGGCAGUCCGAGAGGACUGCGUAGCAUGGGCUCGUACUCAGACGUUCUCUCCAUGUCCUCAAAAUCCGUGCGAGCCACUCUUCCCUAUGCGCACCCACCGCCUGCCUACAUCUCCGACAUCGAAGCCGAGCAAUUGAUCUUUGCCGAAAUAGAGCGACCUGUCAAGGUCUCAGAAAGUGCGCUGCGAUUGGUGAAUGGAUUUCUGGAUCAAAUCCUCUACGACAUCCUGUCUCGGUCGCAUUCUACGGCACUGCCCGCAAUUCGAUCGGCAGUACCAGCCAUUUUGAAGCAGAGAUUGGGUCGAUCUGCAGUGCAGGCUGCUGAUGAAGAGUUGCAAGACUAUAUCGAAGAGGAAGAGAUGGCGCAGGUCUUAUCGACCCCACCAGUUCUCGAUCCAAGAGCAGACUUUGACCUUGAUCUGGCUUGGAAGCUGACGAGACUACGUUGCAUGGUCUAUGCCAAGCUGGGCAACAUGGAAGAGGAGGAUGAAGAAGACUACUUGGAGGACGAGACUCUGGCAGAUCAGCUUGCACGAGUGAGCAACUCCGCCAGGGCAUCAGCAACAAUUACGCCGCCGUCUGCCAUCUUUUUAACCACCGUUCUUGAAUUCUUAGCGGAACAAGCUCUUUGUAUUGCUGCCCAACAUGCUACGAAACGCCACAUGACAUCGAAGGGUGCAGGCAAGGAUGCACAGCCAAAUGAGACGAUGUAUGAUGGUCAGCACCAUAUCCUGCUGGAUGACAUAGAUAUGUCAGGCGUCGGCAAAGAGGGUCCCCUCAUCCGACUUUGGCGCUCUUGGAAGGGGAGCGUGCGAGGCGGUGGAAGCGUAUCAUCUCGACCUACAACACCUAGCAUUUUGUCGCCUUCGAGCCCGGAGUCACCGAAUCACGAAUGGAAAUUCCCGUCGAUACCACCUUUUUCGACAAUAAAAGAGGAACGAAGCCCGUCGCUCAAGCCAAGAUCGAGCCCACUACCUGCUGACAUUCCGCUUCCAAUCAACGAUGAUGAUAUCGAAGAUAACGAGGUGCCAAGUCGAGCGCAUCUUUUCGCAAGCGAGGCCGACAACGCAAACGGGCGUCCUACACUCGACAAUCGUAGACCUUCGAGUAUGCUCAUCAUGCCUGGGAAGUUCCCAGAUCCUUCGACCCCGGCUGCGGCCGGAGAUCUGUCCAGGCCUGGUUAUCAGAGAAAACGAUCACAUUCAGUGCCCGCAGGCACUCAGGCUGCAUCAACAGCAGGAGGUAACGUGGAAUUGACCGGAGAUGCAUCGCAUCAACCGAUGGCCGAACCGCUCGAAAAUCGGCAGAGCAAUAUUGAUGAAUCAGCGGAAGAUCACCCGGACAACUCUUUCCCGGAAGAGUCGCAGACUGAAUCGAGCAUCCGCUCAAGUACAAUCAGUGCCACAGUCGCUACCAUCGCUGGGGCUCUAAGUGUAGAAGCAGCACGAGCACUUGGGAGGGGCCAUUCAACUCCAGAAAAUUCGACAUCAGCAGAGCCUGAUAACGGCGCCGCAGCGGGUCUCGGUAUAAACACAGUACCGAGUGACCAUCAACAAGAGGCGUCACGUACGCCGCAUCAUCUAACUUCGGAUGGUGCAAUUGAUGUUGAGGGCGGAAGCGAUCCGGAAGACCUGGCGUUGAGCUCCGCGGAUGAGAGAGAUGGCCGGAAUACCAACCAGACGAAUCCUCGAGAUUCGGGCUUUGGCGUCGCUGCUGCAGGCGAAGGCGACCUGCCAAUACAAGGUCAGGUUCGGAAUGCUGAUCUGGAACAAUCAACCGGUGUCCAUGAUCUAGUUACGAGCGCUGCACAGGAUCCUGUUGACGUUGGGAGGGGGAGGGCUCCGCAACGCGAGUAUGAAAGCAAUUAUGCAGAUGAUGGUGCGAGCUCGUAUCGCAACGACGACGAUCUAGGCACAGCGACUAUUGAGAUUCCAUCUUCCAAUAUUCCUGUGGCUGCCCCGACGACCAGAAGCACAGACGCAUCGGGAACGCCCGCAGAGCCACCAGCGGCGAAUCGAAAUGUUGACUCGCCGAGAUUUCCCCAACACUUACCUACUUCCCAGCAACUAAAUGGCAAUGAAAAGCCUGCGGAGCACACUCCAGACCGAGUGCCCCGAUAUGCUACCUCAUCUAACCUCAGCCAGCAGCCUCACUCCAGGACAACCAGUGCAAAUGAUGGACGACCGACGACUGCUGGCUCCGGAACAGCUCGACGACAACAUAUAAGACUGAACACACAGGCCGAUGAAUUGGAUAGAGCGAAGAAGAGUCUUGAUGUUCUGAUCGAUAGUGACGAGACGCUGCACUACACGCUAACGCCCAAGUCCGCUAGAGAGGGGAUGAAGCCGAAAGUGAAAAGCCAGACUCAAGAGUUGGCGGACUUCUUCCGAAAUACUGCUCCUCCCGGAGAAGAGACUACCCGGCCAAAAUCAUCCCGCUCUGCUAAGGACAACCUUACUGGUAGCAGAUCGAAUCAGCAGCCAACCACGAAGUCUCACAUCCCCAUCGUUCCUGAUGCUCCUCCAUCGCCCUCAACCCAGCAGACAUCCGUCAGCUCGCCGUCGCGACCUAAGCAUCGCUUGGGCGAACCUCGUGAUGCUCGAAUGACUAGGAACAACACUCGAGACCUCGCGGAUUAUGCUCGCUCAACUGGUCCAGAAAAUGAGAUGCAGCUCCCCAAGCCCUUAUCUGCCCGACCCAAUACUGCACAAACAGAAGGAUCUGGUGCCGUUGCAGGAGCUUCUGAAGCGGUUGGCGCAUCAGAUCGCCCAUCAACAACACCUGGAAAACCGGCCAAUAGGUUGAAAUUCCAGGCACGUGAUCCCCAGAUUCCAAGGACGACCGAGAGUUCCGACUUGAUAGACUUCAUCAGAGAAGGACCUCCCCGAGCUCCUGGUGACCACCGCAUUGACAGACGAGUCGCGCCUUUUCGCAGUACCAUGGAUUCGGACGACCUAAAUGCAUUGGCGCCUCCGCCAGAGCUUGAUGCUAAUGGACGAAGGUCGGACGGCAGCAAUCAAGAGAGCGCAGUAACUGUCAAAUCGAUGCAGUCGUCGAUGAAUUCGCGCACAGGCCUGCUUGACUUCACAAACCGAACGAACGAAAGAGCUACCAAUGGUAUCCGCUCGGCGGCGAAUGCUGCACCUAGGCAACCUAUAAUUCCUGAGACCGACGGCAUGCCGACCAGGACUCGACGGAGGGUCCUCGAUCCUUAUGCCAUUGACUAUAGUGAUGAUGAGGACGAAGACAUGGAAGACGACUUCCCUUCCCAACAACAGCAACGCCGCACUGACGAAGAGUCGCUCGUUGACUUCCUGAGAAAUACGGCUCCAGGCCCGGGCAUGACAACUCAGCCUAUACUUGCUGCAGCUCCCGGGUCUAGUGAUCACUCAGACACCCUAAAUCAGCGGACCAGCAACGACAAGUUGAAAAAUUUCUUCGAUGGUUCCACUUCGCCCAAGAAUGGUACAAUGAACAGGAUGACCAACGGUAGCGGUGCACGUGCGGAAUCUCCUCACCUGACUCAAAUUGGCUCGAAGAUGGAUAAGUACCGCCCAACGCAGCCUACUCAUGCAGCACAUGUCGAGAGGAAUCGCCAGAAAACGCGUGCCGAACCAAGAGACGCCACAUUCUCAGGUGGUAGUGAAACAGCGGAUCUGGCGGCCUACUUGAAGAAUUCUGGGCCACCACCCGGCAUGGACACUCCGCCUCAGAGACUUAGGACCUCAAAAGAUCAAGCUGGGUUUUUGAGAUUCUUUCAGCGAAAGGCGAGUGUGGGGAAGUGAGGACCUUGAUCGAGUGAAAAUCUCUUGCCAAUUUGGUCUAUGCAUUAAUGAUGUUUCCCCUGUGUAUUUGAGCGUUGGACUGGACAUAGUGGCUACAAUCUUGCCGACCAGUAAAUAGCGAUGCUGAGGUUUCUUUUCUUUGUGGAAUAGCAGAGGAGUUCACAACAAUCAUGUUCAAUGUGGUCGUCCAACUCACGCAGUCUCGCUCGAGUAUUAUGACUUUAGAUCUACUGUGGUUCUUUGGUCUAUAUCGGGUUCGGACAUGAUGCUGUUACGGCAUGAGAAAAGGGGUUCGUGCUUUGAGAUAUUCACGUGAUCUGGGGUUUUGUACACGGCGGGCUUCGCGUGCACUCCUGAAAUUCUGUCCUAACUC